AGUUAAACUUUUGUCAAAAAAUUUUGUACAAAUUUUAAAUAAUGUAAUUUUAAAAAAUUUUAAUUCAUUUUUUAUAGUAUUAUCUAAUGUAUAAUUUAACGGCAUCUGGAAAAGUUGAAACAUAUGUAACCAAAUCAGGAAAAUCUUCAAAAGUUAUGUCUUUCAAGUGUAUUUUUUGCUUUUUUGCACUUGGUUUGUUGAUUUGUACUCUUUCUUGGUUAGCAUUUGUUCGUAAUGUGACUACUCAUAUGCAGCUGAUGUCAGAACCAAUUUAUAUUUCUAUUAACGAAGCACAACUUUCUGAAAAAUGGAGCCAUGAAGAUGAGCUAGAUGUGCAAGACGAAGGAAAGUUUCAUGUCGUCACAAAUCUAAUUCUUGUAACUCACAAACAUUACAGCAUCAAUUUGCGCUAUGAAAACAAUCGCAUACCUGACGCGAAUCAACUUCAAGAUAGACAGACUGAAAUUGAAUCUACUUUGCAAUUAAAUUUGAAUAAUGAUAAAAUAGCUGCAGUGCAUGUAUUAUAUUUUCAUCCAGCUGUUGCGCAAUACUUACUUAAACUUCCUUUGCAAAACUCAAAAAAACUUAUUUUGCAUCUGACUAAACGAGAUCCAACUGUAGGCAUAAAUCUUGAUUAUAUUCAAAGUUAUUUAAAGCAUAAACCAGUUAUCCUGAUGCACAUGGACAAUUUUUUAGGUUCAGGUUGGGAAGAUGUUGAUUUUACUCUUUUGAGAACUCAAAGAUUGGUUUAUGCAUUAACGCGUCACUCGGUCACUAGUAAAUUUCCUUGUAAUGCUGCGGUGAGUGCAUCUUGUAAUCCAGGCACCGCUUACAUGGGUUCCCAUGAUGCAUUUGUUUUUCACGCAGAUCGAGAUUUUGAAAAAGAAAUGCUUCAGGAAUUAGAUACUGGUCCUAAUUCGAAUGGUAUUGAAAAUGUUUUGAUAUGGUACCUCCGUGAAAAGAUGGGUUACCGAGUAAUAAAUCCAUGUCUUCAUCUGAUAGUCUACCACAAUCAUUGCGUACCUAUUCGAGAUAUAGGAAGGAAACGAUUUAAUCGUAAAGGCAAAAAUGGAUUAGCGCAAUUUACAAGAGAAUUGACAUAAAUUAUAUCGAGCAUAAUUAUCUUAUACCCGUCAAUAAAAGCUUGUAUAAAUUUCAAUAUAAGAUUCAAUUUUAUUUGAGUAUGUUGAAUAAAUUUUUCUUUAAUUUUAGAAA